AUGCCGAGGUCGUCGAAUCGGAAGACGUUCGCCUCGAUCGACGGCACGGUCUCUUCCCGGGCCACCAGUCCUGCCUAUGCGCCGCCGGUCACCAGCUUCACCUCGGACAACUUGGCCAACAACAACAGCGAUCCGAUUUUCGGCCCGACCGCAGCUCGGCCUCCUUCGCUGCCACAACUGCCACCUAAACGUCAGGUUCCGCCGAGGAUGGGACUUCUGAGACAUCUUUCGGGUUUUCUCGACUCCAAGAGAGGUCGGUUCAGUGUGACCAGUCACGGAACUUAUGUGUCUGGAUAGGUUCUGCAAGUAUUCUUGAACUUCUUGAAGUAUAAUUUUUUUUACAGUUUCGAAACCUUUACUCAAACUUGCACCUGCUAUAGAAUUUAUGUCUGGAUCGGAAAAAAAAAACCAAUUCAUCUGUUUUCGGUUAAAGAUGAAGCUUGACACUGUGCAUAGAAACCUUUUUUAUUCAAACUAUUUUCGAAUUCCAGAUAAGCUUUUUUGAAGUUACAAUUUGUUUCUAAGCGAAUAUGUAUUUUUAAAGUUUCUAUCGCUUUCUACUUUCAUCUUCAUGAAUUUGGUUCCUUUUAUGAUGUUAUCUUUUCGAGCGGAAGUUCCCUAAUUGCCUUCAUUGAGAGUAAUUAGUUUGAUAAUUAAUCUGUUUCUUUAUUUGAACUAGACCUUUUAUCAGUAUUUCUUUUACCUUUUUCUACUGGUCUUACCUUGAAUCGAUCUUUACAUUUCUUUGAAUUUCUAAAACACCUGCCAGCCAAGAAUUUAUUUUCGACUCUUAACUUUUUCUCCUCUUUUCUCGCUAGGGACUCUAGAAAACUUACUAUUUUUGUCUUAACUCGAUGUUUGGUUCUUUCUCCUUAAUUGGGUAAGCUCUUAAGGUCUACGUUUCAUCGGAGAAGUCUGAAAUAGGAUAGGACUGGGCUUUGAGAUUGUUGAGAAUCUUUUUGGAGAAUGAAAGAUUCUUCUGUAUUUCCUUCUCUUGGCUGAAUGACUAUUUAAUUUGGGAAAAACGGCUCCAAAAGAGGCAAUCUUGAAAGAGCAUCGAUGGGUUCCCAGCGCAAAGCGUUUGAAUUGAAAAUUCGGCCGGAUCGAAUUAAGGCCGAAUGUCCGGCUUCCAACGGAUGUGAUAAAUCGGCGCUUUUGCUCUUUCCGCAUUAGUAAUUCUAAAUUUUUUUCUAGAAUUUAGUAAUCGGAAAGGAUUAAGAGAGAUGUUGAAAAAAAUGCCUUUAUAGUAAGAAGUUUGUACGUUAAAGCUGUUUCUAAACCAAAUAAAGUUACAAGAAGAAGGGAGAAUACACUUUUUCCGAUUUCGAUUAACAUUUCAAAACGUUCAAUGAUUUUUUUAAAAACAAAUUCAUUUCUAAUCAGAAAAAAAUAUAGCACGUUUUCACUUGUAAAUUUGGAUGUUUCUGGGCAAAAAGCUUUCAAAAUAUAAAUUUAUCCCGGUUCGGCCGGAUUUCUUAUGACAAUGAGUAUUAGCGCACUUCAAAGCUCAUUUUUACGGAUUGUCGUCAACCAAAUAUUUUGAGCUUGGCGAAAAAGACGAAAGGCGUCCGAAAUUAAAAUAAGCGUGUUAAUCCACUGGAACGUGAUUUUUGUUGCUAUUUUUGAAAGCUUCAUUCCGGCAAGUCAAAAAAUAAAACACAAAAACAAAUGAGCCAUUAGGGCUUCUGUUGACGUCACAACAAGAAGAAAAACUUUCGAAACUCGAGACCAAUUUGAAUCACGCGAGUUUUUUCGGAUUUUAACGCACUUUUUCGAGGACUAAAUUGCGAACGUCAUGAAAUAAAUUGGUUUCUGAAACACUCGUGGAAAAUUCACUGGAGAGACGGAAAAGAGUAUCAUGAGAAAAGGUUGAUUUCAGAUCUGAUGAAUGAUUGGGAAAUUGGCGGAACGCAGAACAAAUGGGUGUGUCCGAGCGACCGACAUCUCCAAUUACGGGCACAGUGAGAUUUUUCGAAAUUUUUGAGUUCAGAAGAUAAAUAAUUAUAUUAUUGAAUUGAUGUUUUGAGGGUUUCAUUUUGUGUAUCUUGGUUUUUUUUUAACUUCCUUUCUCAAAAAAGUAGUUAAGUGCUCAUUUCUGGGAAAACCUUAGUCAACUGAAAAAAAUAUACUCUUAAAGUUAUUGAAAAAGUUGAUUCAUUGCCCUUUUGCUUUGAAAUUUUUUUCAAUUUUUUUAUUUUUAAGGUUAAAAAAAAUCUUGUUCCUCGUUUUUUUGCAAAAAAAUUUAAGAACAAGAUCGUUUCAAUCACGAAAUAUUUUUGUCAGGAAAUGAUCCGAUAAAUGACUUUGGCGGUUUCCCUUCAACUUUGAAAAAUAUGUAAAAAUAAAGAAAUAAAAAAAUCCAGGAAAAAAGCAAACAUUUUUUUCGAAACAUUUCCUAGUUUCAAUAUUUAAAGCAUCAUCUAAAAGCUUUCGAAUAUGUGUAUAAUAUUUUUUUAUUAUUUUUGGAAUUCGAAAAAAACAAGAUAUUAUUUGAUACACAGAUGUUUCAGAGCGGUAGAUUACCGACUAGAAUCACACUUUUUUAAUAAAUCUGUUAUUGAGGGAAACUUUUUCUUUAUCAGUUUUCGGCGUGUUCAAAACAACUUAAAAGCAUCGAAAAUUAUAAUUCAGUAUUUGUUUUGAAGUAACUUGAAUCUCUCAAGGGAGUUCGCAAAAACGAUUUAAAGAAAAAAAUAUUUAUUUUUUUCUUUAAAUUUUUUUCAAAAAAAUUUAUAAAGAACUGAGUAGAACAGAUCUAAAUCAAUAUUUAAUCAGAAAAUAACCUCAAUUUUACUUCAAAUAUAUUUUUUCGCUCUCUUCUCGAAGUGUCCGCCAAAGUUCUUGUGAAUUAUUGAAGGGUUAAAACUCGAUUUGAACAAAAAUAUCGGGGUUUUUUGAGUUAUUAAAAAGCGACAACGGAAACAAACAUUUAAUUUUCCACGUUUCAAUCAUUAUAUGUUGAGGCUGAAGUCGGGAUGGUCGGUAAGAACAGCUACGGCGAGAUCUCCGACAAACUCCAAAGGAACCAAUGGAACGAUAACGGAAGCAGAACAAGAACACAUCCGACAGGUCUUUUUUUGGAUAAUUUUCCAUAAUUCUAGUAUUUUCAUUGUUACCAUCAGAGCUUUAAUUUUUUCGAACGAAAAGAAUUUUUCAGGUGCUCGCAAAGGCGGAAGAAAGCAGAAACAAGGAGCAGCAGAGGAUCGGGUGAUUUUAUUGAGAAAAGAAUUUUUCGAAAAAUGGAAAAAAAGAACGUUUCAGAAAAAGUUAAAAUAUGGGAAAAUUAACUGAAGAAUAGUUUUGAUAUAUUCUUUCAAUUCACCUAUUUUUUUCAUCUUUUUUUCGAAUUUUUGUUUCAGCUUUAGGAAUCUCGACAUUUUUUUCUAGCAAUCAGUUCCCUAAUGAACUGCCAAUUUCCACCAAGAUUUGACAAAUUGAAACUGACAAAAAAGGGCUUUUCGCUUUCUUUACACAUUUUGCGCCCUUAGCUCAACUUCUAGGCUCUUUUUUAGAUUCUCUCUUUUUUGGAAUUGUUAGUUUUUCUCAAUUUGAAAGUCAUUAUCAGGAUUAUUUCAACUUUGAAGAAAAAAUAGAAAGGAAAAGAAGAAAAAUGUUCUCAUUCUCACUGUGAAAAAUUUUUUUAUUCUUUUGAAUGAUUAGAUAAAUUUUUAAUAGUUAAAAGUAUCAAGGACAUUAUUUGUAUAGUAAUCAGUUUCGCAAAAACGAUUUGGACCUGUUUAAAAUAGUAGUUUGGAUUUUGCCUCUUACUUCAAAUCCUCUGAUUAAAAAAAUAUUUUGCUCUUAUCUGAUUAUUUUCAAGUUGCCAGGACUCCAGUUUAUUGUUAGUUUUCCUUCAGAAAAAUGGUGGAUAGGCUAGAAAAAAUGCGAAGAAGAGCGACUGGGAACGGCGUAACGCAUUGUCUUCUUUGCCAUACCGAAUUCGGGUUGUUGGCCGCGAAAAGCUACGCGGCGAUGUGUGUCGAUUGUCGGAAGGUUCAACUUUUUCUUGGAAUAUGAAGCAAUUUUUUUGAAAUUGAAUGUCCGAGGCUUUUCAAAGCUUUCUCGUAAAUUAAGGAUUUGAGAAGCUUUCACAUCAAACAGUAUUUGAGUUUUGAAAAAAAAGUUUUGCUUCUGUAAGCAGCUUUUUUUUAAAAGUUCACGAGGAAGGCCUUUUCACUUCACGGUGCGGGUUUUUUUUUCAGAACACGAAUUUUCCCAAUCGCAAAGUGAAAUGACUUCAUUAUUAGUAAGAUUUUUUAAAACUCUAACUGUAAUCAGAAAAAAAUGAGCAUCGAGACAAUUGUAAACUUAUACCCUGUUUUCAAAAGUCAAAAUCAACCUUUUCCAAAUCAGUUUGUUCCAGUACGUCUGCCAACGGAACUGCGGCGUCGAAACUCUGGAUCCGCAACGGGGCGAAGUCGUGUUCCUCUGCAAGAUCUGCUCGGAAGCGAGAGAGGUGGUUAGUGGUUCUGGGUGCUCGCUUUUCAUUUUUCUUCCCUCGGUUUUUCUUCUUCGUGUGUCUUUACCACUAGCUAGCUUUCAAAGUUGAUUUUGGAGGUUCACGUAAAAGUGAUGUUCUACUCGAGUCUUUACUGUCUUUCUGCAAAGCACGGCUUCUCUUGCUCUUUUUCUUUGUUUCGAACAAGCUCAAAAGCUCCUUUUCGUAAUUUUUCAUGUAAUUUUUUGUAGAAAUCUGAAAUUUAGCGGGGAAUUUUGAAAGGGGAUAGGUUUGUCGAGACUCUGAGACAAUUUUCGCUGAAUAGAACUUUUUUUACUCUAUAGACACAAGCUUGAACUAAAUUUGAACUAAGAAUAGCCGUUAAAAGUCAUUAAUUUAUAAAAAAAAAUCCACCACUGAAAGAAAAAGGUGGAAGUCGAAGAGCCUUAUUUCUCUCAUGAUGAAAAGAAAUUGUUAGGUUGAUUUAAAAAAAGAGUUUUUAUUCAAAUUGUGCGUCUUGUCUUGUUGUUCGUGAAAUAGCGGCUAUUUUUCUUCUAGUUAUGUGCUCUAUCGUGAAAUUAUUUAAAUAAACUCAUUGUCUUUUUUGUAUUUGUAUAGCUGAAAUUCAUCAUAGUGGUUAGAAGUAUAUAGGCGGUGGGUAACAUAAGAGCUGAAUUUUGUCAAGUUCUGACGAAUAUUUUGAGCUUCUGCGUCUUCGAAAACUGUUUUCCGUUUAAAUUAUGAGUUAUAUUAAUCAAGGAUUGCAGUUAUGGAAGAAAUCCGGCGCUUGGUUCUACAAGGAGAUGCCGGACUUCGUUCGUCCUGAACUCGGAAACGGAGCCCUGAUGAGUCCCCCGUCGACGUCGACGGCGAUGACGAUGCCAACGGCGUCUUCAAGACAGCCUCAGUGGGCCAUGAAUUCUGCGACGACGGCGUCGGCCCUCGGACCUUCUGGACUGCCUUUUUCCAACGGCGUCGGCGCUUCGAAUCGACGUCUUCCCACUGCUCCAAACGAUCCAAGGUGGGCAUUUUUAACAAAGGAUUUAAAUCUGACAAUCUUGUCAUUUUGAUAAAUACAAUGCGUAUCGAGCUCGAAAGUUGGAAGCUUUUGCUGAUAAAACAGUUUUGCGAAGGUUCAGGCUUCGAAAAAGGUUUUUCUUGACUCUUUUUGUCAUUUAAUCGAUUGGAGGAGAUUAGUCAUCUAUCAAAAACAGCCACAUGAUGAAUUGUUCCGUUCCGAUCCUACGGUUUUUUUUUAAAUGGAGAGGUUUAAGUACGAGCCGAGGCAGCAUAGUGGCAACUUUGUGCGUGGAUUCAGCCGGCGACAGGUAGAUCUCAGUUUCCAUAGUUUCUCUGUGUAUUUUAGCACCUUUUGUUCUUGAGUUCACAUGCGAGUCAUGACUUUACAUACACCUUGAAUGUCUUCUACUUCUUCUUUCAUUUUUCAAAUUUAUUUCGAUGAAUGGAGCGAAUUUUUUUUUGUUACAAGGAAGGUCAUUUACUUAAUGGUUUAGGAAUUUUUCAAAAUUUAGUCAGAGAACUUUUUGAUGAACCAGAUAAACAUUCUGGACGUCUCAAAAUGCACAUUUUUCCGAGAAAGAACAGGUCAAAGAUAACCGCUAAAAUGAGCUUUUUUUACGAUAACUAGUUUCGCAUGUGGAGACUUCCAGUAUAUUUAUAUGAUUUAUCAAGGAGAAUUCUGGCCAAUUUUCCGAAAAUUUUCAACCACAAAGUGAAAAUCGUUCCUUCAUUAGCCGCAGCACGGUUGAGCAUCAAACAUUUCUAGUGAAAUAUUUUUUUGCACUUUUCGAAUUUUUUGUCACAGUCGACAAGUGAAGUUUGCACAAGAAAAGCACAAAGCAAGCAAAUUUUUGUAGCCGACUUCUUGUUUUGAGCAUAAGCCGUGAAGUUUCCAGGCCGAGGUCGCCAAGACCGCGGAUCCAGCCGAGUUGGGUCAAGGAGAAGGUGAUGAGCAGCAUGUCCGUGGACGAUGAAGAUCGGUGAGGAGCCGCUUCAGAAUUCCACGAGUCUAUUCAGAAGGUUCAGAAGUUCUUCGGAUGGCGAUGGCUUCGUCCAGUCGGGCGUCAUCCGAAAACAUCAUCAUCACAAGAAUUCCUCGAGGAGAGAGGCCAAUCUCGCCCGUUUUGCUCUUCAUUCGGCCAGAAUCAGUGACAGUGGUCAGUUGGUCUAGUAACAAAAAAUCUUUGUAAAUCUCAGAGAUCACAGGAAAAGAAAAUAACAAGUUUCCCUCAACCUCACUGAAAUAGGAGGAAACGGCUCAAAAAGUUUUGUCCGCAUUUCUGAUGAUGAACUACUCGGUCAAGUUAGAAAUGACUUUUUUCUCUUUCCCCCGUUUUUUUGAAGUUUCGAUUAUACGAGAUAAGAACUCUGAUUGUUCAUGCUAACUCUUCUUUGCAGAAGACGAUUCUUCGCCAGAAUCGCGAGGCUCGACGAGGUCGACGACUUCGCCACGACGAUCCCUCGCCACGCCUUCAUCCUACGACGCCGCUCCGACCCAUGACGUCACUCACGACGAUGCGCGCAGCAUCGACAGCGGAGGUAACUGUCAGUUUUUGGUAGUUACUCUCCUUUUUUGCUCUGAAAAUUCAUCGGAUUCAAUUCGAGUAUAACCUUCCUAAGACUCCUUUCAGUGAGCCUCUCACAUUACCGCGUCAUUUUCAGUGGUUCAAUCGGACCAUUCCAACCAGCAAGCGAACGCCUUGACGCUGUCGUCGUCUUCGCUGACGCCCUUCACCCACGGCUCCUUGGGCGGCGACAACGGCGGCUUGACCGGCUCGCCGCGAAGGAUUUCCCAUCCGGACAGCGGCCUUCCUCGCGUCACACAAAGCUCUUCUGGUACGCUUCUGAACGUUUCCGUCAUUCAGUUAGGAAUUUCUGAUUGUGUUGGGAAACAAUUGGUCAGGGUUUACAUUGGUCGACUUGGAAAAAAUACCGUAUGCUAAAGAUUUACUGCGAAAUUUACUGUAUUUUCUCAGAAAAAUACUUUGCAAGAUUACUUUGCAAGAAAGUCUUCACAGGUACAUCAUUGGUGACGCCUCCGCCGCUGCCACCUCGCACCAAUUCGGACCAUCGAACUUCAAGCCCCGCCCACUCGACAGAACAUAAGAUGAGCAACGCCAGUUCGAUUGCCAGCAGCGCAGGUGGACCGCGACGGGUCACGCCCCUUUCCGACGCUUACAACUGCGAGCCGAUCCGUCCUGUUGUUCGUUUUUUGUUAAUUUUGAAAAAAUUAGAAAAAUAAAAAGAGAUAUAAAUUGAUAAAAUCUUGUUGAUUGUCGAGUUUUGCAGGCAUCAGCGAUCCGAUGCGACUCCCCGCCCGUUUCUUUCAUGAGCUCCCCGGAUGACGACUCGAGUUUGUUUUUCUUAUUUUUCACGUUUCACUACAGAACUUUGAUAAAUUCCAACUUAAAUUGUCGAUAUCUCAAGCUGCUGCCAUUGAACGCUUUUCAAAGACUGUUUUUCAAUGGAUUUUCUGCUUUUUGGCGCUUCCAGUUAAGAUUUGAAUUUAUGUAGUUCUGUGUCGCGUUGCUUUAUCAAGCCUAAAGUGUUUAAAAUCGAAAAAAAUCAAAGCUUGUUUUCUAUAGAGUUUUCUAUUGAAGGAGUUAUGAAUUUUUGCAGGCUGGAAUUUUUUUUCGUGAAAAUUUUUGAAAGUUCCAGCAUGGUUUUAUAAUUUUUUUGUACGAAGAUUUAGAAUUUUUGUCCUGUAACAAUAUAUUUGCUGUUUUUAGGUGAAUUCAUUGAAUGAUUUUCCAUCCAAGAAAAAAAAGUCCGCGUUCAAAGUAAUUUACUAACAAAAUGUCAAAUAUUAUUCGAUGUGAGAUUGGUUUCACAGUUUUGGAUAUUACUGGGAGCGAUUUCAAAGUGAAGAUUGUGUUUUUAUUGUGUACAUCAGCUCAUUUUUCGAAGUUCAAUAAUUUUUAUCCUUUUUCUAAGAAUUAUUUUGAAAGUUUUGUCAAUCACUUCUUUACCACAGUUCUCAAUGUUAAAUGACGUAUCUUUCUCGAUUUGAGCACAAUUUCAACUUUUCAUCUCGCUGAUCACAUAAACGAAGCAUGCCUUGUUCGCCGCCAUCUUACUUUGAACGCGGAAUUCAUUUUCUGAGACAUAACCUCUAGAGAACCUUUUAAAAGUGCGUGUGCUGCUUCCAGAGCUUCGGAACCGAAGAAGAGAAGGCGUUGCGCGGAUCGACUCUCUCCCGCUUCGCGCCCGCACUUUCUCCCAGGAAGAAGCCCCUCUUUCGACGGCCGCUUCGACAUCGCAGCUGAAGUCGCAGUCGACGCUCACCGCGACGUCGUCUAAGGACGAAGAGUCGAAGACGGAGAACGACGUCGAGGAGGCCGAAGACGUGCCGCCGGCGAAUCAACACGGUGGGGGACGCGGGUCUUCCGCCUCUUCUGACGCUAGUCGUCGUGCACGUCGUGGUGGUGUUCGUGGCCUCUUUGCAUGCUUCUUCUCGUCUUCCAGCAGACGUACGGCUUCUUCCCCCUUUAUUUCCAUUCCUUCUCUCUUCUCAUGGAGUUUUUCAAAUUAAAGGCAUCUGGUCAAUACAAAUUUAGACUUGACAGAAAUUUGCCCUUUGUUAGCCUUCUUCAAAAAAAAAGCUAUAUCUGAAAAGCAACGUAGGUUCAUGAAUGUUUGAAUUCCCGCACAGAUUGCAUUUAGUGAUAAAGUUGCUUCAUGAGUAAAACUAAUUUAUUUUCUCAAUUAAGUUUUUUGUUUAGUUUAGUAAACUCAGUUUAGUUUCAAUCGAUUUAUCAGUUUGCUUGAAUGAUCCGGGAGGUUUUCAAGAUUUCCAGAAAACACUUUUUUGCGUUCUUCAGCAUUUUUCGUUUUCUAGACUGUUCUAUGUUCAGAAAUGCACUUCUUACGCAUGAAAACUCUUCGCACAGAUGAUUUACUAUCACUGAGACUUUCAAGUUCUUUGGUUUUCCUGUCCCUUUUAUCACACAUAUCCCUUCAAUAAUUGAACUUUAGGUACACUUGGAUCGAUUCAGUUCAACAUCACUUAUAACCAGGAUGACAAGAAGCUCGUAGUCCAUCUCGUACGAGCCAAGGUGGAUUUAAUUCCUAAUUUUGGAGAAUAUUUUUUUGGAUUUUGCAGAAUCUGAAAGCGAUGGACAGUAAUGGGUUCUCUGAUCCUUAUGUCAAACUUCACUUGCUUCCGGGAAACAACAAAGCGACCAAGUUGACGUCAAAGACGAUCGAGAAGACGUUGAAUCCGGAAUGGAACGAGGAACUCGUCUACCACGGCGUCACGGAGGAGGACAAGCAGAAGAAGACUUUGUUAGCCGUUUCAGAAUGUCUUGAAAUAACUUUCGAGAUGUUUCCAGACGAGUCACGGUGUUGGAUCGGGACCGAAUCGGUUCAGACUUCCUGGGAGAGACUCGAAUCGCUCUGCGGAAGCUCCCGGUCAAUCAAGUCAAGAAGUUCAACCUUUACCUGGAGCAUGCGAUUCCAGUUCGUUCUGAAUGAGAUUCGAGAAGAAAUCCCACGUCUUCAGGUCCCUCAGCAGAAGAAGGAGGAAGAGGAGACGUUGCGCGGAAAGAUCAACGUCAGCCUUCAGUACAACAUCCAGCAGGGCUCCCUUUUCGUCAACGUCAAUCGUUGUGUCGAACUCAUCGGCAUGGAUUCCACGGGAUUUUCUGAUCCCUACUGCAAAGUGUUAGUUUCUCAUCGGUUGCUUUGAAUAGAGAUAAUCGGAAAUAUUUUUUUGUGUGAGCCAAUGAUAAUAAAACAUCUCCACAAACAGUGAUUCAAAAAGGGCUAAUUUUGUGAUUCUGAAGAGCUACCUAUUAAAUCCUCUUCCACUUUUCCAGCUCCCUGACUCCUGUUACUUCGAAAGCGCAUCGUCAACGAACUUCCAUCAAGAAACGGACUUUGAAUCCUGAAUUCAACGAGGUUUCUUUCAUUUUUAUGAUUGGAAACAUUUUUUUGCAGACCAUGCAAUUCGUGGUGCCGUUCAAAGAUCUACCCAAGAAAACUCUUCAAAUCGGCGUUUAUGACCACGAUUUGGGCCGCCACGAUGAUUAUAUCGGUAGGAUAUGAAGAAAAAACGCAACAUAUCACGGAAAUUUGAAGAAAUGGAUAAGGUAAAGCGCGAAAAAUAAGGCAAACUUUUUGAAAGUGCAGUGAAACUUGCCCACUUUUAUUCCUUUUUCAAGUCUGAAAGUUUUUAUCAGCAGUCUGAAACAAACAAAGGAUUAAACCGAAAAACCAAUAUUUUUAUCCCGUCCCAUCUCUCUUAUUUCCCGUUAAUUUUUUAAACGGUUAUUUUCGUGUUUUUUUGAAAUCUUUAUGUGCUCAGAAGUUUAUUUUUUUGAUCUUCAAAAAUAAAAUAAGAUCGGAAAUUCAGGCGGGAUCCUACUGUCGACUUCGGCAAAAGAUGAACGAGGAAAACAGUGGAUCACGUGCAUCGAAAAUCCAGGAACCUUGGUCGAGGCCUGGCACAAACUCGAGCUCGACUCCUAA